UCUUGACUCAAGCAUGAGCACUUGGCUCUAUUUGCUGUUCCUUUGUGCCCGCUGCCUGGGCGUCUCGCCAUCCAACGAGCAGGUCAAGUAUCCGCAUCUAGUUUGGUCCUUGCUGCUCCUCAUCUGUGUCUGGUUCUUCACGCUGCAUCGCCUUAUCACCAUGAGGUUCUACAAGCAAGUUUUGACCAUACAGAAGCUCUUCUAUUUUGCCGAGUAUCCGGCGAAUAUGUUACUCACGGCGCUCUUCUCGUUGCGUAUUUAUCGCAGCGAAGAUUUCUACAAGCGUCUCUCGCUGCAACUGGAGCGCCUCAAGGCGCAGCUCUUUGUGAACCCAGAUGCGAUUCCUCAGCUCUAUAGAGGAUUACGGAAUCAGAUCAUGAUUCUGUUCUGCCUUAUGCUUGUCUUUCAUUCGAUCUGCGCGCUGGUGGACAGCGCCUGGCUGAAUUUCGAUCUAAAGCUCAGCUUCGCCAGCAACUGUGCCCAUCAGCUGCCCUGCGCCAUGAUCAACUUCGGUCUACUGCAAUAUAUACUGAUUCAUCGUUUGCUUUGCCUGUUUUAUGCGGAGCUCAACCGCCGCCUGGGGGAGCUGCAGCAGCGUCCAGAAGCCAUUGAACUGAAGUUGGAGGAGCUGCGUCUCAUUAGCGUCGAACUGGAUGGCAUUCAGGCCAAGCUAUUGGACAGAUUUGAGUUUGCCUUGAUCGUGAACUUUGCCAAUUCAUUGCUGAGCUUCUCCUACGAGACCUUCAAUACUUUUCGCCUGCUGGAGCUGGCCCAGCUGAGCGACUGGGUGCUCUAUUGCUAUCGCUCGCUGUGGCUGCUGCAGCACGGCUCUCGCAUUUGGCUCGUGCUGCGCGUUAAUGAGCGUAUUAUAGAGCAGAAAUGCCAGCUACGUCUGCUCCUCAACCAGCUAGACGCGAGCGACGCGCGCUUGGAGCGUUCGAUUAACAGCUUUCUGCUGCAGCUCCAGUCCAAUCACAAUCAACCCCUGGCGCUCUGCAUCGAGCUGGACACCCUGGCACUGGGCGGGUUUAUCAACGCUUUGCUGGCUAUUGUUAUAUUCCUGGUUCAAAUCGAUUUGGGCAAUAAAUCGCUAAAGGGUUUUGUCUAAAUGAUGGUUACUCAA